GGAAGAGUGACCGUUAAACGUUCGGCUGGAGAUUUGCUCGUCAAAUUAAAGCUUUUUAGUACACAAUGGUUCACAUUUACAGAUUAUGUCGUUUUUAAUAUUUAAUCAGUAAGUAUGAGGGUAGGGCGGUUUAAAUGAAAAGAAGGGGUGGGGGGAAAAAACUAACGAAAUCAAACCAAAACACCCGGGUUAGCUAGCUAGCUAGUUUGAGUUGAGUCAGGGGAAACAUGGCGGACGCGGAUUUCUUGCUGGCGCUGCAGCUGCAGGAACAGUUUGAUAACGAGGUGUCGGCUCGUGUAUGGAGCGAUGAUAACAGUGACAGCUAUCCUUUGAGCAAAAAGCGCAAAGUGGAGUCGUACUCCCGGUCUGUGCAGCCUGAAAGGCCGCUGUCUAUCGUGGACGAGUCAUGGGAGAUGCUGGACCCCAGUCCAGAUGUCCGAGCCAUGUUCCUGCAGUUCAACGACAUGUUCUUCUGGGGGAAACUCAGCGGGGUCGAGGUCAGAUGGAGCCCCAGGAUGACACUGUGUGCUGGAGUGUGUUCGUAUGAAGGCAGGGGCGGCCUGUGUUCCAUCCGUCUCAGCGAGCCUCUUCUCAAACUCAGGCCUCGUAAGGAUCUAGUCGAGACGCUCCUUCACGAGAUGAUCCAUGCCCUCCUGUUCGUCACGCAGAACAACCGAGACCGCGACGGACACGGGCCGGAGUUCUGCAAACACAUGAACCGGAUAAAUCAAGCCAGCGGAACCAAAAUCUCGAUUUAUCACUCCUUCCACGACGAGGUGGACGUGUACCGGCAGCACUGGUGGCGCUGUAACGGGCCAUGCCAGAAUCGCAAGCCGUUCUUCGGGUAUGUGAAGCGGGCCAUGAACCGAGCGCCAUCAGCCAGAGACCCGUGGUGGGAGGAGCACAGGAGGACCUGCGGAGGAACAUACAGCAAGAUCAAAGAGCCGGAGAAUUACGGGAAGAAGGGGAAGAAUGAAGAGAAAAAGGGGAAGAAUGAAGAGAAGAAGGAGAAGAGUGCCUCGAAGAAACCUGGGGACAAAAUUAAACCGGCAGGCUCCGGUUCUCAGGACAUUAGGAACGUCAUCCCAUUCAGCGGUAAAGGGAUCGUUCUUGGUGGAAGCACACGGCCAUCAACAUCCAUCCGAAGCCCUGCGCACUCGCCAGAACCUCUCCCGGAACCAGCUCGAACUCCACCAGCUGAUCUCAGAUCGCCCUCCAUCACCACCACCACCACCGCACUUCCCAAAAGAUCCAUCGGCAACCACAAAGCCUUCGUCAACAUCAACGGCUCUCCUGUGAGAGUCACGAAAACCAACGGCAGUUUGCUAAGACCAAAGCAGAGUGCCACGGUGCAGGACCUUUUCCAGAACUGGAGCCUGAAAUCUCCAACGAAGACCAAUCUGCCAGAACCAAAGCAAGCUCCGCGUACCAGCUCUGCUAAAACGAGUCGGGAUGGUAAGAACUCCUCGAGUAGCACCAGUUCUGCAGGGUCGCCUCUGUCAAAAUACUUUGGUAGCCCUAAGAGUACAGCAAACGGAAUUCCAGGUCGCAUCAAACAAGAGAACGGGGUUCCAGGUUUUGUUUCAAGGCACGUGGAAAGCUCAGCUGUUGGAUUCUCGGAUUCCGGCGCCGCGUCUCGGAUCAAGCCAAAAAACGGCGUGUCGAGUUCCAAUAUAAAGCAUUUAACGCACUUUGAAAACAAGAGACAUUUAGGCACAAGUUCUACCGACUUUGGUAGCAGAGUUCCAAGCUCCAGUCCGACACAAUUUGGAAGCAAAAAGGUUCCCGGAACCGACUUUCCUGGUUGUGGUUCUAGUUCUUCAGGUUCUAUUAAAUCAGAAUACAGUGAUCUAAACUCCAAGUCAGGAGAUUUUGAUAGUAAGGAAAGUCUCGGAUCUGUAGCUUCUUCUAGCAUUCCAAGACUAUCAGGAAGUCCGGGGAAAUACGGGUUGUUUAAUCAGGAAUCCACCGUUGUCAAAAGCCCAAACCAACCUGCUGCUUCUGGAGGAAGGAAAAGAGGGCGGGAAGACCGGAAUUCAGCCCACAUCUUUGAUUUCUUUCAGCGGGUCAGCCGCUCGCCCGUAUCACCCUCCAACUCGUCAUUCUCCACGGAGCGUAGAGAAGAGCGGACUGGCGCUGAAGCGCCCUUCGCAGGGGCGUCAGGAGCGGGUGGUCCCCACCUUAGCUCUACCCCCCUCACCGUGACCUGCCCCGUGUGUCAGAGCAAAGUGCCCGAGUCUCAAAUUAACCAGCAUCUAGACUCUUGUCUCACGUGAACGAACACGCGUUAGCAAAGAUUCUUUAUUUUUGGUUUAACAAGGGGCGGGGCUAAGUUAAAAAAGUUCAAACCGAUCUAUCAGUAGUUUCUGAACCGCUAGUUUCCUAGGAAACAUGGCUAGUCAGGUAGAUAAUGUGAAUAGGUUAGCUAGGUAAACCUCUAGCUAUGUGGAGGCUUUGCAAUUGGAUGAUGGAAUUGCACUCAAGCUCCGCCCUCUUUGGAAAUCAGAAGUGUCUUUGUUUUUCUUUUAUCGCUUGAUCAAGAGAAGUAGGCAGAGUUUUAAUAAUGACAGACACGUCAAUCUCAGGUACAACCUCAGGUUUUAUGUUUGUUUAUAAGUAAAUCUUUUUCUUUUAAUUUUUUCGAUAAACCCCAGCAAGCUUCAUCAUCGCAGAGCAAAGCAAGUGUUUUGAUUGGUCAGCGUUUCGAUGAUUGACAGCCCUGAGUCAUUAGAUUCCUGACAACCCCCUGUCCUUGGAGACAUUUCUAGCGCCUCAGCGUUAUCGGAUUUCUCUUCAUCUGCCCUUUUUCUGUACAGGGUCAGACGAAAGCUUGGAUAUUUCCUGAUGGUCAUCGAUAAUUCCUCUCCUCACGUCAUGUCACGUCACGUCCUGCAUAGUGAUGCUGACUCUCUUAAGCUUGACUCCACCCAAAUAGGCAUUAUCGUGUCUUCUUUAUUAAUAGACAAGCCAGUAAGAGCAAUCGGAGCAGAAAAUGACUCCCAAGUGACAACUUUUCAGCGGUGACUUUUUAGUGUCUGAGAAGUUUACACUGCUGUUUGUUAUUAUUAUUAUUGUUUCCAGUUUCAUGUGAAUAGGUCGGUUUUACAAAUAACGUUCAGCUCUUUAUGUCUGGACACAGUGCUGCUAAAUGUUAGUUUUUAAUGAACUAUUUUACAGCUGCUUUAAACCAUAAUGUUAAGAUUUAUUUAACAAGUCCGUUCUCUUUGUACAAUGUUUUACAAUUUUGAAUAAAUAUAACUCUAAUCUGUAACCUUU